AUGAAGACUCUCAACGCAAACGAGUUCGUGAAGGUGCCAAAGGGUGUUACCAUCACCGCCAAGGCCAGACGUGUUGUUGUUACUGGUCCAAGAGGAACCUUGUCCAGAUCUUUCCAACAUGCUCAACUUGACAUUUUCGUUGAAGCACCAACUGAAGAAACUCCAUACACCAGAGUUAUUGUGCAAAAGUUCCACGGAAACAGAAGAGAAAACUCUCUCGUCAGAACUGUUGCUUCACACAUCCAAAACAUGAUUGUUGGUGUUACCAAGGGAUUCAAGUACAAGAUGAGAUUUGUUUAUGCUCACUUCCCUGUCAACUGCAAGAUCAGUGAUGACAAGAAGAAUAUUGAAAUCAGAAACUUCUUGGGUGAAAAGAGAGUUCGUAAGGUCGAUAUGAGAGAUGGUGUUACCGUUGAUGUUACUGGUCAAAAGGACGAAAUCAUGAUCCAAGGUAACGAUUUGGAGAAUGUCUCAGAGUCUGCUGCUGCUAUUCACAUCGCUACUCUCGUCAGAAACAAGGAUAUUCGUAAGUUCUUGGACGGUAUCUACGUCAGCGAGAAGGGCUUCAUAGAAGAAGAAGUUGAAUAUCAAUACUAA